AUGGAGAUGAAUUAUGAAGGUGGUGAAGAAGAAUUUGAGGAGAAGGCGAUGGAUCGAGAUGGAUUUGGAGAUCGAUUGAAAAUGACGAAGAUGGAGAUGAAUUUUGAAGGUGGUGAAGAAGAAUUUGAGGAGAAGGCGAUGGAUCGAGAUGGAUUUGGAGAUCGAUUGAAAAUGACGAAGAUGGAGAUGAAUUUUGAAGGUGGUGAAGAAGAAUUUGAGGAGAAGGCGAUGGAUCGAGAUGGAUUUGGAGAUCGAUUAACAUGA